UAACACCACUUCACUUCCCCCUCCCCUUCUCAUGUCUUCCCCAACGUCUAAGGAAGAGCACCCGGCCCAUGCCUGUCUCUCUAAGCUUUGACCGUUUGGGCUCUGAAAAGAAAGUGGUAUCUGGAUAAUUAGUUGAGUUUGAACUUUGGAGAAUGCGAGGAUGGUUGUGCGAUUGCUAUUAGAACUUAAAAAGCUGUGGUGUCAUUGAUUAUGGGGUCUGCUUGUUGUGUUGCUGCUAGAGAUAACACUCCACCAAAUGGAUGGAGAGGGGAAAAUUUGCAUAGGAAUGUUCAGUAUUCUCCGACAUGGAGCUUUCAAUGGGAUAACCCAGGGCGAGUAGCUGGUGAAGAGAUUUCUAUGGGUUGCUUCUCAGAUGGGGUAGACCGGAAUGGUCGAUUGCGAAUUAAAUAUGAGCCAUCAUAUGCUGACGAUGGGAGUCCAGUGGAAUAUUUUCAAAGAUGUGCAUGGCAGAAGUCUCCAAAUUCUGAAGGAACUGCUGGGCAAGUGAGAACUCCUGCUUCAGAUCAAUCAUUUUCAAGGAAUAUUUCUAUGGGCUUGAGUUUGGAGCAGGUGAAGGAAUCUCCAACAGGUUCAUUUCCAUCUCCGUUUAAGCCGUCACUUACAAUGCCUUCUACUUCAUCCUUGUUGUCGUCCCCUUUGUCAUCCCAAAGUCAUCUGCCUCCUGCGAGCUCUACCACGUCAAGGUGGCCCAGACGUUCUCCAGGACACCAGCUUUCAAGGCAAGUAUCUGAUAGCCAAAUCCUUGGAUUCAAGUCACCAGACAGCUACUCAGUUUCCAAAGAACGGCCCGACAGCUGCUCAGUUUCUGAAGAAAGGCCAGUGCUCCCAAGCAAUGAAUCGGCUAGGGGCUUCCGUGGGGGCUCUUCUGAUGGCUGGUCUAUGCAUGGCUUCAAUGGUCUCAUGGCCACUUCUCGUAGAGAAAGGUGGUCUUUCGAUAGUGAUUUCUUUGGCUUUAAUUACGAGAAGUUAACCCGAUCCAGUAGCCGACUUUCUACUUCUUCCUCUGUUGAUCUACAAAGAUGUGGGGUUUGCUCGAAGCUCUUGACUGAGCAAUCGUCAUGGAGUGAUCAAAAAAUUAUUUCCAAUAAUGAGCUUUCUGUAGUUGCUGUGCUAACUUGUGGGCAUGUUUAUCAUGCUGAGUGUUUGGAGAAUAUGACUCCUGAAAUUAGCAAAUAUGACCCAGCUUGCCCAGUUUGUACUUUUGGGGAGAAGCAGACCCUGAAAUUUUCUGAAAAAGCACUGAAAGCUGAAAUGGAUUUGGAGGCUAGAAAUAAGAGAUCGAGGAACCAAGUUGUGGAUACCUAUCUUGAUGGUAAUUCUUUUGUCCUUGAUCGCUUGAAAAAUAGUGGAUGCCAAGGGAAGGGUUCCAAGAUGUUUCGCAGUUCUAGCUUGAAAGACUCCUUGGGGAAGCCUUUCUUGAGGCGGCACUUCUCAUUUGGCUCAAAGGAUUCUAAAGCCUUGUCUGAGAAUCACUCUAAUAGAAAGAAGGGGUUCUUCCGGGUGAAAUCAAGCAAAGAAUGAGCAAAUUCUAAGCUGCGAUUUCAGUGCGGGAUCCCUACAAUCUCAGUUGGAGGAGGAAUUGCAAGAUGUCUAUCAACAAGAUGUUGUGAUGAAAAAUCUACUGCUGCAUACACGCUGAAGUCUCAACAGCAUUAGGUUGAGGAGUUAGGCUGUAAAAAAAAAUCUAUAGAAGAUAAAUUCAAUAUAAUAAGGAAAAAAAGUAGUAGUGAUCAGAUUCUUACUUUGUACAGAUCAAUUUGUUCAUGCAUUGACAAAUAUAUGAUUUGAUCCAGAUGGCUUCUGUAUGGAUCUGCCUAAAGGGCAACGUCAUGCCCACUUACUUCCAUUGUGCGUAUUAGUGGAAGAGGGCUAGGCAAUAGACCGAUAAUUCGAUA